AUCAGCUGGGAAAAUCUGACCUGAACAUAUAUAUAUAAAGCAGCUGUGUUCCCUGUUGCCACCCUCUAGUUCAUUUUGACCUACAAAAUGAGAGGUCAAGGUGUUGCAGAGAAAAUUCUUCUUGUAGCAUUGGCAUCCUUGGCUGUCAGUGCAUUGCCAGCAUGGGAGCCAUCCUUUCUUUUGAAGGAGAAUGUCCUCAAUGAUGAUUACCUUAGGAUUCGCCUUCGAAGUCCAUCUUUGGGUCCUGAAGAUCCUGUUCCAGCUUUUGAGGAGGCCAAUGUUCAAGCCAUGUGUCUGGGAUGUGAACUUGCAGUGGCAUUUUUGAAAGAAGAAUUUGACCUCGGCGUUUCCAAUGAAACUUUGAUCGCAGAAGGUAAACUCUUCUGUGCAACUGCUCUUGGCUACACUAAAAACUUCUGCAACGGAUAUGUGGAGCUUCUUGCUCCAAUAUUUUACUAUAUUUUCACGCAUGAUCCCAUCUACCCAGCGGAUUUUUGUGGUAUGGUCAUGAGUUCCAACGGCUGCAACACCACCAGGCCAGAGAGAGACUGGUCAGUUGAGAUUCACGAUGGAAAACCACCUGUCAUACCUAUCAUCUUACCAGAUCCAACUGAACCCACGAUAAAGGUCCUACAAAUUUCGGACACUCACAUGGAUCCCUUGUAUGCCCCAGGGUCAAAUGCUCAAUGCGGGGAACAACUCUGCUGUAGGUCAGAAUGGGGAGAACCACCAACUCCAGAUGCAGAGGCAUGGUUCUGGGGCGACUACCGUUACUGUGGUUCCCCUCCGUGGAUGCUGGAAGACAUGUUGGCUCACAUCAGAUCUGAGCAUCAGGAUUUGAGCUAUGUGAUGUGGACAGGAGAUGUCGUGCCUCAUAACAUGUGGUCAACAUCUAAAGAAUGGAAUAUGAGACUCGUGAAGGAGACAAACGAAAUGAUCCAGGCCUACUUCCAAGACAUUCCUGUGUUUCCUGUUAUUGGAAACCAUGAAAUGAGUCCCAUCGAUCAGUAUCCUGACCCUGACAAUGUUCCAGCAGAACUAGCAGCUGAUUGGCUUUAUGAAUCUCUUGCAGCCCAGUGGGCUCGUGUCAUUCCAGACCUUGAUAUCUCUACAGUGCUAUAUGCUGGAUUUUACUCUGUUCCAAUAACACCUGGAUUCAGGAUCAUUUCUGUGAACUCGAUGUUUGGUUAUGGUGCUGAUGUAUGGCUUUAUCAAAAUUCCAAUGAUGUUGCUCAUGAGUUAGCUUGGCUCGAGAAUGAGCUCUGGAAAGCUGAACAGGAAGGGGAACUGGUCCACUUGCUAGGACACAUACCACCUGGGCUUUUGAGUAAUGAGAGGACCUGGUCCAGGGAAUACAACAGGAUUAUCAGAAGGUACGAAAACAUAAUUCGUGGACAAUUCUUUGGCCACACACACUACGAUGAGUUUGAAGUUUUCCACGAUGGCGAUAGGCCUAUAGGUGUGGCGUAUGUUGCACCAAGUCAGACUCCAUGGUAUUAUCUCAACCCAGCCUACAGGAUUUACACCAUUGAUGGAGAGAGACCUGAGACAACCAGGAUGGUUCUAGACCACUCGACAUAUGUCAUGAACCUGACAGAAGCCCAUGAAACGAAUGUUACCAGGUGGUUUGAACUCUACAGUGCCAAGGAUGCUUAUGGGAUGCAAAGUCUCAAGCCUGAAGAUUGGCACCAGUUGGGUCUAAGGAUGGCUGAUGACAGGACAUUGUUUGAUGUUUACUGGAGGAACUUCGUCAGCAUCGGGGAGCCUUACUUGGCUAUUGGCUGUGAUGACUUGUGCUAUGAACAACGCCUCUGUGAUGUGAUGACUUCAGAUCGUAAUGAUCUUGAUGCUUGUUAUGGGGCCAUUCAGAGAAAGAAAAAUUUUGAUAAAAUUUCAAGAAACUAGAGAUCAUUUUGUUACUCAAGGGAAAAAACAAAGAUCAUAUGUAUAUGUAAAAAAUAUAAAAUUUUAGAUGACAA